ACUGCAUACAACCUACCCCGUACGCACACACAGAGACAAAAACACACACCAUGCCUGCCUCCCUCUUCAGCACCCCCGGCGUCGCGCUCAUCACCGGCGCGGCAUCAGGACUUGGCCUCGUCCCCACUGCAGUCCCGCUCACCCACGGCCAGAUCGGCGCCCAGACGGCCCGCACAUUCGUCAAGAACGACUGCCGCCGCCUCGUCCUCGCCGACAUCAAUGAGGAGCCGCUGACCAAGAUCGCGGGCGAGCUCAAGGCGGCCGCGCCCGACGUCGACGUGCUGGCCGUCAAGUGCAACGUCGCCAACGAGGACGACGUCAAGAACCUCGUCGCGGCCGCCGUGAGCCACUUUGGGCGCAUCGACUACGCCGUCAACGCGGCCGGCAUCGUCGGGCCCAACUCGCACCUGUCGAGCGUCGAGGUCGACGCGUACGACAAGCUCGUCAGCAUCAACGCGCGCGGGCUCUUUCUCUGCCAGCGCGAGGAGCUCAAGCAGAUGGCCAAGCAGGACAAGGCGGGCGCCCCCGGCACCGACCCUGUCCGCCAGAGCCGCGGCAGCAUCGUCAACCUUGCGUCCGUCGCCGGCCUCGUCGGCUCGGGCAUCCUCGGCGCGUACGUGUCGACCAAGCACGCCGUCGUCGGCCUCACCAAGUCUGCGGCGCUCGAGAACGCCGUCAACGGCAUCAGGAUCAACGCCGUCGCGCCCGGCGUCAUCGACACGCCCAUGACCCGCGAGCAGUUCAUCCAGCCCCUCAACGACGCCCUGUCCGACGACAAGUUCAACAUGGGCCGCCGUGGCCGCGCCGACGAGGUCGCCGACGUGAUCGUCUUCAUGAGCUCCGAGGGCGCGUCCUACGUCAACGGCUCGACGUGGACCAUUGACGGCUGCUGGACUGCUGGACGAUAGGCGGGGUGUAGAGUGUGUGUUUGUGGGGCGUAGUGUCGGAUGUAGUAGUCUGAAGUAUGAAGCAAUGUACAGUUGUCAUUGGGACGAUGAGGAUUUGCCGCCACGCAUGGGCUUCACCCACAACAACCCUUGCU